AUGGCAUAUUUUAUUAAAAAUAAAUUAAAUGAUUAUUGGUCUAUUCUUAAUUAUGAUGAAUUAACAAGAAUAGCUUCAGUUCUUAAUCCAACAUCAAAGCUAACAACAUUUCUACUUUCUACUAAAAAAGAUGCUGUUAUUAUUAGUUUACAAAAUAUGAUGAAUCAGUAUAAACUAUUAGCUUUAACUUCAACUUCAUUUGUAUCAUUAAUUUCACAACAAACUAUUAUACCACCAUUAGCAAAAGAAUUAGAAUUAUAUAUAUCUACACCACCUAUUUCAUCAUCUAUUCAAAAUGCACAAGAUUUUCUUGCAAUUCAAGCAACUAGUGUUCCUUGUGAAGAAGCAUUUUUUAUAGCAUCAAAGAUACUUUUUAAACUUCAAAAUAGACUUAACUCUAAAACUGCUCAUGCAUCACUUUGUUUAAAAAAUUGGAUAAAUAAUAAUAUAGAUAUUAAACUUUAUAAAAUUAAUCAAAUCUUGAAUUUAAAUUAA